AGUAUUGUUGCGGACGCAUGCGCAUAAGAUCUGUGAUACCUCAUCUCGCCCUGUUGAACCUUGCAAGGAUCUAAACUAGUCUGUGUCGGCGCAGGGCAUGGGCCAGGGGGGCUUCAAGGGCCUUUGGUUUUGGGGUCUGGGUGUACUCCGUACGAGUCCUCGUACAUACGAGUACAGGUAGAUGGUAGAUCUCGUCUGGAGGCGGUACGAGUGCCACUCCCACGAGAGGUACACGCUUGUAUGGAGUACGGCGCACAGGCAGGUCUUUUUGUUCUUUUGUGCUGGGAUUGCCCUGGCGGACUCGAGGGUGGAGGCGGAAAGCGGCUGUGACUUGGCAGGCCGUCCAUCUAGCCAUGGAGGUCGCAGCGAUUGCCCAAUCCCAUGGCACUCGCCAGGGAUGGACGUGAUGGUUGACGACGGUGUCAGUCCGGGCGAGGAGGAAGGACUCGAGCUGAGACAUCAAAAUCAAGCUGGUUGGACAGCCGUUAGCCGGGGACGCCACUUGCAGCGUACAGUCCCAAGAGGCAAUCUCGCGACAUGGCUUCUUCCAGACUCGGCGGAACAUGACCUGACGAAGAGAAAACAAGGCCAAAAGGACCGCAGUCGCCAGACAAGUGAAGGGUGCGAGUGGAACAUGGCGCUUCUGGCACCCAUUCAGAGAAGGCGCCCAUCAUUUUAUGACAGGAUAAGACAAAAAAAGAAAAGGGAGAUCAGGUGGGUGCGGCCCGCCAAGCCUGUAGGCGGCCCGAAGGCCUUUGAGAGGCACCAAGUGGAAGCUUUGCAUGACGAUACUGGAUAUGAAGAGGGGAGAAGAUGCGAGAGCAGAAGUUGAGGCCCUGCUGCAGUCUGGAAGUGUCCAAGUAGAUGUACCGGUACCUGCUUGGCACUAGAGACACGAGUCCCACACCGGCUAAGGUACUCCGUGCUCCUGUUCUGGCAGGAAAGAUACCUGCCAGUGAGGGUGCUAAGGUACCAUGGGUUGCUAGCCACCAGAUAAGGCAGUACCAUGCAAGAUGCCUGCAGCUCCUAGUGGCCGCAAGGAGGGCAAUAUACGUGUGUCUGCCAGGCUCUAACAGACGCUCGUCGGCCCCUUUCUCUAGCGUUGCCGCGCCACUAUACCAUUGAGGUAUGAUGGUAUUGCUAGUGGCAGUAUCAGUUGCUAGCCGUGGCUGGUUGAUAUAAAAUU